AUGGCUGGCUCCUACGGGAAAAAAGUAGUGACGCCAUCGAAAGGUUCCUCUGCACCAAAAUCGUCUUCAGCGAAGCGGAAUUCCAGCAUCCUGAGCUUUUUCCAAAAAACCGACACCCCACCUGGAGCGACCUCGCAACAGUCCCGGAUUACACAGUUUGCGACCAACUCAUCACGAUCGCCAAGCAGUGGACGUGGUACCCCGGCCUUUCAGUGUGGGAAUAGUUCCCGGUCCGACAUAACUGGGGGGUUGUUUCUGGAGGAUACAAAAGGGCGAUCACACACCGAGCGAGCCUCCGGGACGACCGAGAACCCAAAAGCGCGCUCUCCAACACCGGAUGACAUCUGGGGUGAAAAUGAUGAUACACUGAGGGCCGAUGAUCCGCGGUAUAAUGAGAAUGACAUGACGGCCAAGCGCCGGAAGGUGGAUUCUCCAAGCGCCACGCCAGAUUGUGUGCGGCCGUCAGACUCGGAAUCGAAGCUGGCCGAAUCUACUGGGCCACCAAAACCUCGCUUGACGAGCGGUCCGUUCAUUGAUGAAUCGGACAGUGAGGAUGACAUGGAAACCUAUCGGGAGCUCGAAGAACCAGCGCCAGUCGACGAUUCCGCCUUUGCACAACCCCCUUCCGUCCCCACGCACUCGUCACCGGUAAGAGAAGUCACGAAUUAUGCCGAAAAUGAUGAAUACACGAAUUUUGACGAUCUAGAAGAAGACGAGCUUGUAGGAGAAGAGUUUCGAGAACGGCCAUGGGAAAAUGAAGAGCAGGAGCAACGGAUUGAUAUUGAUACCGACGAUACGAAUGCCUCCAUUGAUACUGCAAAUAAUCUCGAGGCAGAGGUGACGACCUGUCCUAUCUGUCAGACAGCCCUGGCCGGAAUUGACGGAACAGGAAUUUCGGUGCAUGUUAAUGAUUGCUUGGAUGGCAAACCACCCGCGAAUGCGCCGACUUUAAAACCGACGACACCUAAGCCCGGGGAUGCCAGCAUAGGGCUGACACGCAGAGAACGCGCUGCCAUUGCUCGGCCUGCUCAGCGUGACCCGUACUCCGAAGGGGCUCCUGGAACCCGAUCAGCAUUCUCCAAAAUGAUGGCUGGAAAUGCAGAAGAUACAGCCUGGUCCACGGCGGCCGCGAAUGAGGUGUCUUCCCGUGGCAAGCAGGCCUAUCAACGAACUUGUCCGUUUUACAAGAUUAUUCCUGGGUUCUCUAUCUGCGUCGACGCAUUUCGAUACGGGGCAGUGGAAGGGUGCAAUGCCUACUUUCUCAGUCACUUCCACAGCGAUCACUAUAUAGGGCUUAGCAAGUCUUGGUGCCAUGGUCCCAUCUAUUGCAGCCGACCAACAGCCAACCUCGUCCGUCAGCAGCUCCGCAUUGAUCCCAAAUGGUUGGUGGACCUGGACUUUGAAGCUACGACCGAAGUCCCGGGGACAGGAGGCGUCCAGGUAACCAUGAUUCCCGCCAACCAUUGCCCGGGCAGCUCCCUUUUUCUAUUUGAGAAGAGCUUUCGAAGUGGUCCGAACAUGCGAUGGCAGCGGGUCCUUCACUGCGGCGACUUCCGCGCAUCCCCAGCCCAUGUGCAGCACCCACUUCUGCACCCCAACCCAAUCAAUUCGGUCUCUGGUCAGCCCCGCCAGCAGAAAAUCGACGUAUGCUACCUUGAUACCACAUACCUCAGUCCCAAGUAUGCGUUUCCGAGUCAAGACGAUGUCAUCACGGCAUGCCAGGAACUCUGCACCCGCCUUGAUCAAGAAGACGGAGUCGGACAUGGCCUGGGGAAAACCGGCGCUGGGGGCCUGAUGAACCGAUUCCUCUCCUCGGUGACCGGAAAUGACCGACCUCCAGAGCGACCGUCGCAGGCCGCUGGUCGACUUCUUGUGGUCAUUGGCACCUAUAGUAUUGGCAAGGAGCGUAUCUGUCUUGGCCUUGCACGUGCACUCGGGUCCAAGAUCUUUGCCACUCCUCAGAAGCAACGAAUAUGCGCCUGUCUGGAAGACCCGGAACUCUCAUCUUUGUUGACGAGUAAUCCCCGGGAAGCCCAGGUGCACAUGCAGACGUUGUUCGAGAUCCGCGCCGACACGCUCGCCGACUAUCUCGACUCCUUGAAGCCGCACUUUUCGCGGGUGGUUGGCUUUCGCCCAACUGGCUGGUCAUAUCGCCCACCAGCAGGGCGCAUGCUAGAAAAUCCUCCGGUAUCAACCGUGCUAUAUGGUGAACAUUGGAAAACACCGUUUACGGUGCAGGACCUCACACCGCAGCGUGGUAGCACACGAGAAAGUGCCUGCUUCGGGGUUCCCUACAGCGAACACAGCUCCUUUCGUGAGUUGACAAUGUUUUGCUGCGCGUUACGCAUAGGACGGGUCAUCCCCACGGUGAAUGUGGGCAGUCGCAAGAGUCGGGAUCAGAUGAAGGCGUGGAUGGAGCGAUGGGAGGCUGAAAAGAAGAAAAAUGGGUUGUUCGAAGUGUCGAGCGCACAAUGGUGA